UCGCACGACGCGUUCGCGUUUGCUUUCCGAUCUUGGACAGGACAUCAACAACAAGCUAUGAAGGUGUCCUGAGAGCCGACGCUCUUCUGAGAGAUGAGCUCGUCGCCUUUAAAGCCAAUCUGAUACACGUCGCUUUCUGAACUCGCGGGGAAACUGCGGGAAAUAAUCGAAGUUCGAUUAUUAUCAAGGAAAGGACAAGAUGACGUUCAACGUGAUACGAUUCACGAAUGUGCUGCUCUUCCUUCUGUGGUGGCCCAGCGUGACGAAGUGUCACAACACUCCCUGCAAAUUCAAUAGCAUGUGCAUGUGCUGGGUUCAGGACGAUGACGACUACACCAAGUGGGACAUCAGUUGCGUGGGGGUGCCGUUCGCGCGAUUUCCCGACGUGGCGGAGAGCUACGUGGCUCAAUUGGACAUUGCCGGCUCCGGCAUGCAAGUGCUGGACAACGACGCGCUCGCGAGUUCCGCGAGCGUCGAGGGUCUGGGACUGAUGAGCAAUCGGUUGUCCAGCAUAGGCGAAAAGUCUCUGUUAGGUGUUACGGACAGUCUACGUUCGCUGGACCUAAGCUACAACUCCCUCGAGGACGUGCCUUUCAAAGUUUUUUGCGAUCUCAAGAAAUUAAAUUUUCUCAACAUGCACAGCAAUCAUUUGACGUCGUUGGACGGUGACUGGGGCCGCACUAAGGACACCUUGACGGACGCGUUCUUCGGCGACAAUUCGAUCGCCGAGGUGCCCCAAGUCUUCUCGAGUUUCAGCGCGCUGGUUUGGCUGAACUUGGACAGCAACAACAUCGAGGAGCUAUCCGAGAAUUGCCUGCCGCCGAAAAUGCACACCUUGAGUAUCAACAGCAAUCUUCUGAAGGAGUUCCCACAGUCGCUGGGGAGUCUGAAAGAUCUCACUUGGCUCUACAUGAGAGGAAACAACCUUAAGCACCUGGAACUGCCCGAUUUCCGCAGCUCCAGUUUGGAGCUGAUCGACGUAAGCGAGAAUUCGAUCGAGUGGAUAAAAACCCCCAUCCUGAACAACCGCACUCUGAGAGUGCGACACUUCAAUCUCGACGGGAACAAACUGCUUUCGUUGCCGGCUCUAAUGUUCGACCAUCUCGAGAUCAAGCGAAUUCACUUGUCGUCGAACAGUAUCAGAAACGUCGACAACGAGGCUUUUCACGGUCUGGAAGGCAGUCUCGAGUACUUGAACAUGGAGAACAACAAUUUGCCGGCCGUGCCGAACGCUGUCAGUCAGUUGAAAGUGCUGUCGUAUCUUUACCUGGCUAAUAACGAGAUCAGAAACAUCUCGGGUGACGCCUUUCAAGAAUUCGCGGACCAUCUGAAGGCUCUGUCUCUCGCAACCAACAAUCUCGACGCAGUGCCCGUGGCUGCUCUGUCCAGAUGCCAGAGGCUACUGCAUCUGAAUCUCGGCUAUAAUAAGAUCUCUCACGUCGAGCCCGGGGAUUUCGAGUGGGCGGAGGACCUUGAGAUUCUAUUGCUCAGGAACAACAUCCUGACAAAACUGAAAGCUGAGACCUUCAAGGGAGCCGGCAAGUUAGAAGAACUCAGUUUGUCUUUCAAUCACCUGACGGAACUCGACGACAACUGCUUCGUGGGGCUUGAGGAGAGCCUGGAGAUCCUAGAGUUGAGCUUCGCCUUCGCCACGGACGUUUUUCCACAGCGCGCAUUGAGGCCGCUUCUGAACCUCCGCUGGCUGGUUCUGGACAACAACAACUUCCAGACCAUUGAGCCAACAGCCUUUUACUCGUUUCAACAGCUGCAGUACAUCAACAUGGAAUCGAACAGGCUGCACUAUCUGCCCGAGAGAAUAUUUCUCUCGAGCGUGCAUCCGGAAUUGCGAGACGUCAAGCUGGGAUACAAUUUUCUGGAAGCGAUUCCGGAGUCGAGCUUUCACAAUUUAACCGAGCUGCUGUCUCUCGAUCUGACCGGCAAUCGAAUAAGAGUCUUGUCGUCCGGCUCCAUCGUGGACUGUCCGAAACUGGUAACCAUAUCGUUGGCCUACAACAGAAUACAGAAAAUCGAGAAAAACGCUCUAUACGGCUUAUCCAGUUUGCGCUUUCUUCAUCUGGAGUUCAACAAGCUGACCGUGCUCGAUCUGGCCGCGAUCGCGGAAAUCGGCGGUCCCGACUUCGCUCUGAACGUUUCCUACAACGCGAUCGCGCUCGUCGAUUCCGGAUCGUUGAUGAACAAUCUCACCAGACUGGACAUCGGAUUCAACAACAUCAGUUACUUGCCGGCGAACACGUUUUACGGCACCCCCGACAUGAAGAGUCUGAACAUGCAAAACAAUUAUCUAACAACGAUCGAACCGGGAACGUUCGCGCUUCCUCACUUAGAAACUUUGGACCUGAAUCACAACAAGAUAGACACAUUGCGCAAGCAAUCUUUCCACGGCCUGGAAUCCCUGCAGCGGAUGAAUCUCGCCGGAAACGAAAUCACUCAGCUGUCGACCGAACAGUUCAGAAACCUGAAGAAUCUGAGGAUUCUGAAUCUCUCUCACAACAAGAUUCGAUCGUUGCCGAAGGACGCUUUCGAGGGCACCAGACUGGAAAUCCUCGAUCUCAGCCACAAUAAGUUCACAGUCGUACCUUCGUCGUCGUUCUUAGAAGUCGGUUACACCCUGCGGGAUCUGAACAUGGCGGAGAAUUUCUUGGAUCAUCUCGACUCGUCCGCUUUUCCAACUUCUCAAUUGGUGUUUCUGAAUUUAGCGCAAAAUCGACUGACUAUUCUUCCCGACAACUCGUUCGUUGCUCUGGGAAAGUUGUUGAGUUUGAACGUGUCUCAGAACAUUCUCCAGGCAAACUUCAAAGAGCUGUUUCACUACUUGCCGGAUCUCAGACAGCUUCACUUGGCCAGUUGCGGCCUGCGAACUAUACCGCUACUGCCAUUAACAAACUUGAACGUCUUGGAUUUGUCUUUCAACAAUGUCGAUGAAACCACUGACAAGCAGUUUCAGUAUCUGGAGGGUUUGAAGAUUCUCUUGUUGGUAAAUAACUCGUUAACAUCGAUGCCCGAUGUUAGAUUGAGUCUCUUGAGGGAACUCGACGUUUCCGGCAAUCCUAUUGAGGAAUUAAUAAAAGAAAAUUUUCUCGGCUACCCGAGACUAGAAAAAUUAAACUUGAGGAACUUGAAUCGGACCAGAUUGGUGGAUAACGAGUGUCUGCGACCUCUGAAAUAUUUGAAACAUUUGCGAAUUCAAACAUGGCCGCAGGCAGACGGCUUUCAUCUGCGCAAUUUGCUGUCCGGCUUGCCGCUACGCACGGUCGAGAUCCAAGUGACGGAACACUUGCUGAAGCAUCAGAUACAAAACGCUUUUACGAAGCAACUGAGAGAACUGACCAUCACCGGCAGCGAUCUCGAACUGAUCUCUUCCGAGGCGUUCUCGACCAUUGAGGGCGGCGAACUGAUAUUGAGAAUUAAGGACACGCACGUCCAAAGACUACAGUCGGAUAUUUUUCUGUCGCUGACAAAGAGACUGUCGCAACUCACUUUGGAUUUGAGGGACAAUCAUAUCAACGAGCUCAGCCCGUCGAUAAUCUACGGAAAUCUCUCAUGGGAGACCGUAGGGACCAACAUGGUGGCCGGUGGACUGCAGGUGUCCGGAAACCCGCUUGAAUGCGACUGCGAGAUCGCCUGGUUGAGUCUCUGGCUGCGCAGAUGGCUCAGAGAAUCUCGACAGAUUCACACGGCGUCGCAAUCCGACGCCAGACAACUGAGGACCAUAGCCGGCCGAGCUGUGUGCACGGAAACAACCCCGUCUUACUCCUCCGACAAGGUCCUAUUGACUCUGGGAACUCCGCACACCGCCUGUCAAGCUUCCGCCCUGAGUUCGGGAAACUACGAACGACUGGCAACAGCCUGGCUGGCCUUCGUCUUCAUCCUCGUUUUCAUAGCUACUUAACCGCGAGUUUGUAUCAUAAUCUCCUCGGAUCUAGUCUUCAAAAUCGCAUGUGAUUUUUUAUGUAAGAUGUUACUAGCAAAAGUGAUUAAAAAGAAUUGUAAAAAAAAGAUCGUAUCUCGUUGUUUCACUCGCUCGAGGAACGCGAGAAAAAAAGAGGGAUGUCUCUCGCGAAACUAACAAGAACGACAAAGGAGAGUGUGGAAGAAAAUUAUUUUUUUUUGGUUUUAUUUACAAACACAAUGUGUGUUGUCGUGAUUUCGUUUUGUGCUUUUAUACAAAUGGCGAAGGCAGAGAGAGAGAGAGAGAGAAAGAGAGAGAAAGAGAGAGAGAGAGAAGAUAUACUCGAGAAUGGAAAAAGAUUUCUCAAGAAAUACAGACACAAUGUCAACUUAAGGAAUAAAAAAACAAGAUAAAAAAAAAAAAAA